AUGAAGUCCAUCAUCUUCUCCGCCGUAGCUCUGGCCGCUGCCGUUUCAGCACAAGCUACCACUUCGGCCGUCUCAUCGACUGGCCCAACUUGUGAUGCUCAGCCCAUUCUCGAGCAGUGCUUGGUCACCACGACUGGUUACCUCAAUCUCUGCAUGACCACCGACUAUAGCUGCCUUUGCGACAAGUACACAUCCAUCAUGACAUGUUUCAACAACUGCCCCAACGACUCACGGGAGGGCCAAUACAGCCAACUGAAGCAGCUCAACUGCAACAAUGCCUCCAUUUACUCGUCGCUGAGCGCCGCCACCGCCACAACCAGCGCCAAGGGCUCCUCGGCGACGGCGGCCACGGCCACCACGACCGACUCGUCCAAGGCCACCGGGACUUCAGACUCGAGCUCCUCCGAGGAGACGAGCACCAAGAGCGCGUCUGCCUCGGGCUCGACCCAGACCAACGCCGCCGGCCUCGACAAGGUCGGCUCGUCUUCUGGUCUGCUCGUUGCCGUGGCGGGUGCCGUCGCUGCGCUGCUCUAG